AUGAAAGAUAUGACCAUCGACCCCUAUUGUGUUGUCCGCAUGGAAGGUGUAUGGGGUACCAUUUACAUGGUCUGCAUCGUUUUACCAAUACUCUACGCCAUUCCUGGUGAUGACGCUGGUUCCUCAGAGAACACUUUGGACUCGUUGAUGCUGUUCGAGCACUCUAAAAAGAUGCAAACUUUCUUAGUGGUCUACGUCGUGUUCAUUUUCUUCGGCAAUUGUGCCGCUGUCAUUGUCACCAAGAUCCUUAGUGCUAUCCAUGUUACCAUGUUCAAUGCCAUGCAGCCCGCUAUUGUGUGGUUCAUUGGCCUUUUCACUUACUAUCUAGUUACCCCUGCCGCAUCCUUUGCUGAGCAGUGGACAGCGUGGUCAUGGUUGCAACUUGGUGGCUUCCUAUUCCUCGUCUACGGCCAACUGGUCUACGCCGACAUUCUUCACGUCCCCGGUUUCAAGCGCCCUAUUGUCCAGCAGGCAAUGCCGUUCGCGACUCCCACAUCGGUCACUGCUCUGGUCCCCAGUGUUGGUGUCGCGAGAAAGAACGCGUGA